AUGUCCAAGAGAUUUGCCGGUUCUCAGAUGACCAGGGAAGGUCUCGAAAAUGGAGACAGUCGCUCAGGGUCUGAUGAUGAAACUGGAAUGGAAAAACCAAAAAUUGCCAGUGAGUCGGUGAUGAGCACUAGAAAGAUUGCCAUGCCAAAGCGUAAGAUGGGCAACUUCAAUACUGGCGAGAAACCUAACAUGUUCAAACUAAUGAAGAAUAACAACACAAAUGUUGGUAUUAAGCCUCAGGAAAAGGAUACAACGGCGGAUACAAAUGAAAAAAUAGCGGCUUUAAACCUACAGUUCAAGUCUAAAAUUGUUGCAACAUUGGACAGCGAUCCAGUUGCCGAUUUGUCUCUGUUAUUCGAUAAGUAUAAGACGUACUUGCAGUCCUUGAAGCCUACUAAAGUUUCAGCUUCUGAGACUCCUAAGUUCGGAGCUACAUCCGGAUUCACUAACGAAGAAACCAAAGAUAAACCUAAGGCUGAUGAUAAACCUAAACCUGCAUUUGCAUUUAAUAAACCCGCCGAUUCGAAAUCGAACUUGAGUUCAGCGCCAGUUCAACCAGCCAAGAAAGUCGAAACGAAGGCUGAAAGCGAGAGUGAUUCCGAUGAUGAGAAGAAACCAGCUGUGAGUGUCGAAGGACCUAAGUUUGUGCUCUCUAAAAAACCAACUACAUCUGACCCCCCAUUUAGUUUCCAAAAUAAGAAAAGAAGGGAACCUAGUAGUGACAGCGAUAGCGAAGUUGAAGUCAAAGGUCCGCAAUUUACAUUUACCGGUACUCUUUCUUCAAAGACUUUCCAAUUGCCAAAAACCGAACAAUCUAAUACUACCGCUGAGGAAUCGAAGAAAAAUGAUGUACCUGCAAGCAUCUUUGGAAACAGUAGCUCUAGACCAUCGCCAGAGUUUGGUUCUAAACCCGAAACUGACUCUUCAGGAACUAAACCCACUUUCCCGUCAUUUGGAUCCAUCAAAUCUGACUCAGGAAACACGACAGCGGCACCAACAUCCCAAUUUUCAUUCUCUUUUGGGGGCGCCAAUAAGGAUACCAAAACAGAAAAUGCUUCGACAAUAAGUACUUCUGAGGCGCAAAAGAAUGGUGAUUCAAAUUCAAAGCCAUCACUAAGUUUCCCAGCUCCUUCCUCAUCAACUGAAAACACAAAACAGGAAGAUAAGGAGCAAGUAAAGCCUUCUUUCACAUUCGGCGCUCCAGCCCAAACUAAUGCUACAUCUACUGAAUCUUCUAAGCCAUCUUUCACAUUUGGUGCUCCAGCCCAAACUAAUGCUACAUCUACUGAAUCUUCUAAGCCAUCUUUCACAUUUGGUGCUCCAGCUAAAACGAAUGAUACAUCUACUGAAUCCUCUAAACCAUCUUUCACUUUUGGCGCUGCAGCUAAAGCUGACACUUCUACUGAUUCAUCAAAACCCUCAUUUACUUUUGGCGCUGCAGCUAAGAACAACACAUCUACCGAUUCAUCAAAACCAUCUUUCACUUUCGGGACGGUAAACAAUGACAAGAAAAACAAUGAUUCAUCAAAGCCAUCUUUCACCUUUGGAUCUAACCAAUCGAACACAACAGCAUCCUUUACUUUCGGGAAACAAGACACAGAGAAAAAAGAUGAGAAAAAGCCAACAUUCACUUUUGGUUCCUCUGCAGCCCCUGCUGUACCAGCGUUUAGUUUUGGAGCUAAGAAGGAAGAAAACUCACAGACGCAAGACUCCUCCUCUGGUUUUAAGUUCUCUUUACCAUUUGCACCCACUACAUCUUCCGCUGACUCUGAUAGUGCGAAGAAACAUGAUGAGCAGAAGUCCACAGAUAAUAAUACAGAAGAAGCUGCUAAGGAAGAAGAGGAACCAUCGAAGGCUCUGAAUCUAACUAACGGUGAAGAAAAUGAGAACCUACUCUUUUCUCAACGUGCAAAAUUAAUGAUCUUCAAUUCUGAAACAAAGGCGUAUGAUUCUCGUGGUGUUGGUGAAUUCAAAAUAUUACAAUCCAAAGAAGAUAAAUCCAAAGCUAGACUACUCUGUAGGUCAGAUGGUAUGGGUCACAUUUUACUAAACACAAGCGUAGUAAAAUCAUUUUCAUAUGAAGCCUUAGAUCCGAAUAAUGAGAACUUGGUCAAAUGUCCAGUGGUAAAUCCUGAAGGAGGACUAGACACAUAUGUGAUAAAGGUGAAACAAAAAGCUGACGGUAGAAAACUAAUACAGGCCAUCAAAGAUGCUCAACAACAAAUGUAA